UCAGAUCAGCCAUCGCUAAAUCAACCUGGUGAUCAACGACUAAGAUUGACAUCAGGAACACAAAAUCUACGCGGGUUAAUAUGAUGUCGCUCCACCCUAUAAGCCCCCUUGCAACCUGAGUAACGGUAUUGGCUGAUGGCGUUUAAAUGUGCCCUUGUUUAGAAAAUCUGCGCAGGGCUUUUGUCGCCCUCGUAACUCCAAAAGCCCCUCUCUCUCUCUCUCUCUGCUCUGCUCUGUGGAGACUGUUUUGUCUGCAAGCUGUUAUAUCUGGGACUGUGUAAGAGAUGCCUCAAGCCCCAACCCGUUCAUUGGGCCUCUCACCUUCACGUUUCAAAUUUGAAUGCCCUUCUCACCUCCUCUUGGGCACCCAUGCUCGGUCCUCUGCCCACUCCCGCCCUUCUCUCUUUGACCGCCUCGUUCUCGGCGAACGGCUCCUUGACCGUCUCUUCCGUGACCAUUUUCUCCUGUCAGGACUUUCGUCGAACAGGAUAACUGCGCAUCUUCAGGCAUGAACAAAAUGGUGGAUAAUGGUGUUGAUUCUGAUGCCAAAGCUGCCAUUGAUGAUGAUCUACAAGACCUGGGUUUCAAGAACAGUGUGAGUAUCAGCAUCUGUAGCAGUACCGUCACCGGGUCUGAUAAUAGUGUGAGUUGUAAGGUUAGUGAUGGCGGGUUUGAAGAGAAACAGGGGACUUCUUUGUCGGUUGAAGGGAGCAAAAAUGUGGGUUCUAUGGAUCGAAUGGAAAGUGAAAAGAGUAGUUUGAGUUCUUUGAGCUGCUCCAAUGUUAGUAUUGAUGCCAGUGAGAUUAGUUUUAGAAGCUUUUGCCCCUCCAAGCCUCACAAGGGCAAUGACAUUCGUUGGGAAGCGAUACAGUGUGUGAAGGGCAGAGAUGGGGGCUUGGGUUUGGGUCAUUUUAGGCUUUUGAAGAAGCUUGGAUGUGGGGAUAUAGGGAGUGUGUACUUGGCUGAACUGAGAGGGAUCGGUUGUUUGUUUGCGAUGAAGGUGAUGGAUAAAGGGUUGUUAGCAGGGAGGAAGAAGUUGAUGAGAGCUCAGACUGAGAGAGAGAUAUUGGGUUUGUUGGACCACCCUUUUCUUCCUACCCUUUAUUCGCAUUUUGAAACAGAGAAGUUUUCUUGCUUGCUCAUGGAGUUCUGCUCCGGAGGGGACCUUCAUACGCUCCGGCAGCGGCAGCCAAGCAAACAUUUUUCAGAACAAGUAGCAAGGUUUUAUGCUUCGGAAGUACUUCUUGCCCUCGAGUAUCUACACAUGAUGGGAGUGGUGUAUAGGGACUUGAAACCUGAAAAUGUUCUGGUGAGGGAGGAUGGCCAUAUUAUGCUCUCAGAUUUUGAUUUAUCAUUGAGAUGUUAUGUGAGUCCCACCCUCAUUAAAUCAUCUUCUGAGCCAUCUUGUAGGAUCUCUUCCUACUGUAUUCAGCCCUCUUGCAUUGAUCCUGCAUGCAAACUGCCUGUUUGUGUAGAGCCUUCUUGCUUGCAACCUUCUUGCUUUAUGCCUAGUCUUUUCAACUCCAAAUCAGAAAAAGUGAAGAGUGAAAGAACAAGUUUGGCAAAUUUGGAUUCAUUUCCUGUUCUCAUUGCAGAGCCAACCAGCGCCCGUUCCAUGUCAUUUGUUGGGACACAUGAAUAUUUAGCACCUGAGAUAAUUAGAGGGGAUGGUCAUGGAAGUGCUGUAGAUUGGUGGACAUUUGGUAUUUUCUUGUAUGAGUUAUUACAUGGGAGAACACCAUUCAAGGGUAAUGGAAACCGAGAGACAUUAUUCAAUGUUGUUGGACAAUCCUUGAAAUUUCCUGAGGGAUCCUCAGUUAGUUUCGCCGCUAAGGAUUUGAUCCGGGGCCUGCUUGUAAAGGAUCCACAAAAGAGACUAGGGUACAAAAGAGGUGCAACAGAGAUCAAACAGCAUCCCUUCUUUGAAAGUGUUAAUUGGGCUCUUAUUCGCAGCAUUCACCCUCCAGAGAUCCCUAAAGUAGUCGAUCUCGCUUUUCGUAAUCACAAAUUCGGGCCAACCUCAGUUCCAAAUGACAAAGUGGUUGCAGAUUCAGAUAGAUCUUCAGGUCCUUACUUAGAUUUUGAAUUUUUCUAAUGAAUUUUGGCGGUUAAUUAAAAGUGUAGUUUAUCCUUAAGUUAAGUUGGUUAGGUUUACAACUUAACAUUGCUGUUGUGCAUUCUUGCCAAUGAAAAUCAGUUUUUGUCUACCACUUUGCA